AGCUAUGACCCUGAGCACGGAGAUGUCCGAUGCCUCCGGCCUCGCGGAGGAGACAGACAUCGACGUGGUGGGGGAGGGCGAGGACGAAGACGACGAGGAAGAGGAGGACGACGACGAGGGCGGCGGUGGCGGGUCCCGGCGGGCUGGCCCAGCUCAGCAGCGGCGGCGGCGGCGGCGGCGCUCGUACGCCGGGGAGGACGAGCUAGAGGAUCUGGAGGAGGAGGAGGACGAUGAUGACAUCCUGCUGGCGCCGCGGGCAGGGGGCUCCCCGGUGCCCCCAGGCCCAGCUCCCGCGGCGGGGGCCGGAGCCGGCGGGGGCGGCAGCGCGGGCGCGGGAGGCGGCGGCGGCGGCGGGAGCGCGGGCGGAGGAGCCAAGAACCCGCUGGUGAAGCCGCCCUACUCGUACAUCGCGCUCAUCACCAUGGCCAUCCUGCAGAGCCCCAAGAAGCGGCUGACGCUGAGCGAGAUCUGCGAGUUCAUCAGCGACCGCUUCCCCUACUACCGGGAGAAGUUCCCCGCCUGGCAGAACAGCAUCCGCCACAACCUCUCGCUCAACGACUGCUUCGUCAAGAUCCCCCGCGAGCCGGGCAACCCGGGCAAGGGCAACUACUGGACGCUGGACCCCGAGUCCGCCGACAUGUUCGACAACGGCAGCUUCCUGCGCCGGAGGAAGCGCUUCAAGCGGCAACCGCUGCUCCCGCCCAACGCGGCCGCCGAGUCGCUGCUGCUGCGCGGGGCGGGAGCCGCGGGGGGCGCUGGGGACCCGACCGCGGCCGCCGCGCUCUUCCCGCCCGCGCCGCCCCCGCCCCCGCACGCUUACGGCUACGGCCCCUACGGCUGCGGCUACGGCCUGCAGCUGCCGCCCUACGCGCCGCCCUCGGCCCUCUUCGCCGCCGCCGCAGCCGCCGCAGCCGCCGCCUUCCACCCGCACUCGCCCCCGCCGCCCCUGCCGCCGCACGGCGCGGCCGCCGAGCUGGUCCGGACCACCUUCGGCUACCGGCCGCACCCGCUCGGCGCCGCCCUGCCCGGCCCCCUGCAGGCCUCGGCCGCCAAAGCGGGAGGCCCGGGCGCCUCAGCGCUGGCGCGCUCGCCCUUCUCCAUCGAGAGCAUCAUCGGAGGCAGCCUGGGCCCGGCCGCCGCCGCCGCCGCCGCCGCGCAGGCCGCCGCCGCCGCGCAGGCCUCGCCCUCACCCUCCCCGGCGGCAGCGCCGCUCGCGCCCGGAUCCGGCGGCGGAGGCUGCGCGGCGCAGGCGGCCGUGGGCCCGGCGGCCGCGCUCACUCGCUCCCUCGUGGCCGCGGCGGCCGCGGCCGCCUCUUCCGUCUCCUCGUCAGCCGCCCUGGGGACUUUGCACCAAGGGACUGCCCUGUCCAGUGUCGAGAACUUUACUGCUAGGAUUUCAAAUUGUUAAUAACGCUAUGUUAGCGCGCUUGAGAAAGAGAAGGUAGGAAUCUGGGCUCCUUUUGCAUCUUGGUGAUUUGGUGGUUUGCUCUCUGGGCGCGGCCGCUCCUGACCUCGCGCGCCCAUUUUCGCCGCUUCGGAUUCUCGGACGAAACUAUUUGGCAACAAAUCGGGCGCGCUUUUCGGCUCUGCGGGUCCCUCUAUUUAUGCUGCAGCCCCCAACUCGGGGUAGGGAGGAAGAGGGUGCUGGUGGGGGUCAGCCCUGUCGAGGCACUAGGGACUCCCCUGACUUUGGCAAAUUAAAAGCAACAGCAAGCUAAGCCUUUUUUGAGGUGUAGAGAUUCUCAGGUCAGGUGCAGGCGUUAAAAAAUAGUGUUCAAAAUAAGAAUAAUACAGAAAUAGCAAAGGUCUCGAAGAAUGCCAGCGAAGCAAUACUUUUUUAUUUGAGGACACUUGUCUGGUGUACUUUUUCAUGAAAAGGAAAAAAAUGAUUAACAUGUUUACACAAAGAAGUCAAAAUUAUCAUUUCUUAUUUUAACCUGUGUUUUGUAUCAUAAUAGACAUACGGAAUUUUUAUUUUGUACUUACUGCGAUUUCUUUACAAGGAGAAUUGUAAAUUUUACUGGCAAUUAUUAUUGUACUAUUCUAAUGUAAGAUUUUUACACUUUUUUCAGAAAUAAAAUGCUUAAUUUUCAAAGAAAA